AUGGAUGACGACGGCGAGGCUGGUGAAGAUCCUCCUUUUCAGGAGGAUGAUUCCGAGGAAAUAAUUUCCGAGGAAAUAAUUGCUCCCCCGAUGUACCUUUCGGACACGGAAGAGGAUCCUUCUCCUCUCCCGCAGACCCUUUUAUCACAAAUUCCCUUUGUGUUUGGCAACUCCUCACCAGCAUCAACCCCUCAAGUAAACUCCCCCUUUGAAAAAGCUAAUGAGCUGCCUCAAGCCGCCCCUCGCCGUCGGGUUUACCAACCUGAAUCGACGGGACCCUGGGUAGUUUAUAUCCGGUCCAAAACGAAUGUCGACAAAUGCAAAAAGAAAAAAAAAUAUCAAAAAAUUGGAGCACCCGACCCGACUAAACAUGGAUGGCCGACGAGCUUUGUGGCACAAAGCCGGACUGUUUUCGCAGGGCCAGUCACCGAGAACCCCGGAAUCGAGAUUCAAACGAUGGAAUACGGAAACGGAAUCGAUCCGGAUGUUCGGGAAACAGCACAGCUCAACAGCAGCAGAUCCAGUCGCAAAUGGGAAAAACGAUUGGGAGGAUGUCAAUGUUUUGUAGUUUUCCUGAGCGGAUCAUUGCUGUCCGGGUUGAUGUUUGCGCUGCUGAAUUAUAUUCCCAACAAUCGAUCCCUCCCUGUGGCUGGAAGUGGAGGACGGGUGGCGCCUCAUCAUUUACCGGAUUCUGGGUUCCUGCAAAUUGCCGACGAAGCCCGGGUCAUGGUCGCCGGUAUUCGAUUGUGUUGCUCCCAAGCCAGGCGGAGUCAAUGAUUGGUAGUGAAAUCUCGG